AGUCAGUCGGCCGCCGGUGAGUUUCGGGAGAGGUCGUCGAUUGUUAGUGGCACUGUGAGUACGCGAGGUUGAUAAGGAGUAGAGGAGAGAGUGCUACCGCCCCCGGGGUUGAGGGGAUGGAGGGCAGACACCACCACCCCCAUCAUUUGAGUGGGGUCGGAUCACUUGCCAGAUAUUGCGAUGCACUGGCCCCGUACCGAGUUCCGCCACCGCCACCAGCCAACCAGUCGCCGCCUCCGGCCGCCUCCACGUCGCCCUGGCACAGGAUGAUCCAGCGGCCCCUCGUCAGCCACUUCCUGCAGCUGGUUGCCGCCGCUGGGGGCAGUUCCGGGUCCGGGUCAGAGUCCGACUCACCCAGUCCGCCGCAGCCGAGGAAGUCGCGUGCCUUCACCAUCGACGCCAUCCUCGGCCUCUCACAGCCGCCCCCAGUCGCCGCCUCCGCUGCCGCCCACGCGCAGGCUGCCCUCGACUUCAGUCGCUCCACAGGAGACAAGAAUGGAGAGAGUAAAAAGGGUGGAAAGUCAAAAAGGGUGAGGACGAUCUUCACACCAGAGCAACUGGAGAGGCUUGAAGCUGAAUUCGAGCGCCAGCAAUACAUGGUUGGCCCUGAGAGGCUCUACCUGGCGCACGCUCUGCAACUAACAGAGGCCCAGGUGAAGGUGUGGUUUCAAAACAGGAGGAUAAAGUGGAGGAAACAACAUUUGGAAAUCCAGCAACAGAGGUUGGCAGCAAUGAAACAACAGCAACAGCAGCAACACCACCAACAAGCACCUCAGCAGAGGCCCCCCUCCACCUCAGCAGCACCGCAUCUUCAGACAAGGCCUCACUCGAGAGAGAUGGAGAGUGGUGCUGAGAGUAGUAGUGCUGAGGACAGCAACAAUCAUUUCAUUUCGAGCUCAGUCGAGUCAUAAGUCAUUUGUAAAAAUCACUCGUGAGUCACAAAGCAGCUCAAUGACGUUUUACAUUGAUGUGCUGUGAAGCUGAAUGGACGGUGUUACCCAAAGCCCUAUCAAAUUAUCGUGUAUAAAGUGUCACUACAAUGUAAAUAGUACUAUGUAAACGGAGAUUUCAGAGACACUCCAUUUGUACAGAAUUUCAAACUAUUCAUAUCUCUAUAACUUAUAACAAAACCCUUGUGAUGUUCAUGUUGAAUAAGGUUACCCCUGAAAUUCAGUGUUGAAAGUGUUCUGAUAAUAUUGUGAAACCCAUUCCAGUUGUGAAAGCCCCUUAUCAUGGAGAACCAAAUAAAUGUUAGUGAGAUUGUUUCUGAAUUGAAUGUCUAUCAUUAAGGGGUUUUGAACCAUUGACUUUACAAGAUAUACCAGAAUUGGAUAUUUCAAAAUUGCUGUGUGGAGAAACGAUUUUUUGCAUUAGUGGAAUUUCUUCAGUAAACAAAUAAUUUGAUCAGAAAUAUGAAAUCGGACUACAGUAUCCGAUUACCAUCAACUUUGAUAUAGUAAACAAGUUACUUUUUUGAAAAUGUUGAAUUUGUAAAAUAAUCAAUGUUAAGUUAUUCACCCAAUAUUAUUAUAAUAUUGUGAGAUGCUUAUCUCCCAAAAUAUAUGCAUUACUACUAAAUCCUCUCAGCUACCUUCUCUGAAAACCUCUACCUUUGCCACUCCACUAUGUUUUGACCACAAGAAGAGCUGAGGGCGGGGUGUACCUGCAGUCAGAAUCGGCUGUUAGUUAAUUUUGAUUUACUUUGUCAAUUUAUGUAAUAUUCGAAUUAUACUUCAACGCUCUGAAAUUGAUAAGUACUGUUUACAUUCUCAUUAUUUCUAUUCCAAUAAAAUAUUAGUUACCUUAAAAUUUUGUAAAGAAAUUUGAAAAAAAAUACUAUCCUACUCAAAAUAAUGAAAGAAGCGCUGAAAUGCAAUGGUUUCUGUAUUUGAUCCAUACGGUAAUUGGAAUGUUUAAGUUAUGCAAGAAAUUUUCACUCACCUGAAAUAUGUAAAUAAACUAUAACCAUAAUUUUAUUGUAAAUUAUUAAAAAUAUAAGAUUCUAUUGUAAGAUUCAGUUAUAUUGGUUAUUAUUGAACUAAACAUAUCAAUGGAUGUUCUAUAUGUGUAGAAAUAAAAUGAUGAAUGUACGAUGUACAUAAUCUAGAAGAAAUCAUAA